GAAAAUUCUGAUCAGAAAAUUAGAGGAGGAGAAAUGGGCAUAGCAUGUAUCCCUUCAUACACACCAAUUGCUUCAGUGAUCCCAAAAAAAACAAUAAGGCUCCCUUAUGAGAGGAACUGCCGAGGUUCAUCUGUGUGUUGCAAGUCCUCAAUAAGGGAGUUUGAUCUGUAUGAUCUUCUCGGUAUUGAUAGCUGUUCGGAUCAAACACAGAUAAAGAUUGCGUAUAGGAAUUUGCAGAAGAAGUGCCAUCCUGACAUAGCAGGUCCUACUGGUCAUGACAUGGCUAUUAUACUUAAUCAAGCUUAUUCUCUUCUUUCUGAUCCUGUCUCUCGUUUCGCUUACGAUAAGGAACAAUCAAAGAUUUCAGAGCUGCGUGGUUACAGUGGAAAACCAAUAUACUCAGUGUGGUUUGGGUCAGAAAGUGAAGAGAAAGCAGUCUUUGUGGAUGAGGUGAAGUGUGUCGGAUGCUUAAAAUGUGCGUUACUAGCGGAGAAGACGUUCGCUGUCGAAGGUGUUUACGGAAGAGCAAGAGUUGUUGGUCAAUGGGCUGAUCCUCUCAACAAAAUUCAAGCCGCCAUUGAGGCUUGUCCAGUCGAUUGUAUCUCCAUGGUGGAAAGAUCAGAUUUACCAGCACUGGAGUUCCUCAUGUCCAAGCAGCCACGAGGCAAUGUGCGGGUUGGCGCCAACCACACAGCCGGUCAACGUGUCUCUAAUAUAUUCGUUGAUGUGAAAAAGUUCCAAACCAGAUUUGUUGAUGCCAUGAACAGCCCAAAUUUUCAGAGCUCCAAGGAAACAGAUGUAGAAACAGAAGCUAGAUUAUCAGCUAUGCAAGCAAUCAGAAGAAUCUCAAGUUGGUUAUACUGGCAAACACCAAAAGCUAAUAAAACACGACCACCUCGCGGAUACCUCCCACAGAAUGCCCAAAAAUCAAGUGAACCAAACAUUAAGAAGCUCCGUGAGGCAGCUGCAACGAGGAAGCAAGGAGGGCGGAGCACAACUCGUGAAGUCGCAUCAAAUAGCUUAUAUUAUGAUGACUACUGGACUCCAUCAGCCGGAGCAGUUCCAGCCUCAACCAAUAAGCAUAAUACUAGCACGACUGUAAAGCCUUCACAUAUUAAAGAAUCGAAACAUGCGAAUGAGGAAGUCUACCGGACAAAAGAGAAUCAAAGAGACCCUGUAGGGUGGAGAAUUUCAACGGUGAUAGGAAUUAUGGCAUCUGUUAUAGUAGAGUUGCAAGUAAGAGAAGAGGCAGUAGGCAGAUUGAAUGAGCAUGUAGGCGGUGAUCUGGCAUUGGAGGUUGUGAAUAGCUCUUGGUUACAAGUUACACUAGCAGGGAUUACAUGGUACAUUAUCGCCAUGGCCGUGAUACAACUAGUACAAGGCAUUCGCAAAAGGGCAUAGUACAGAUGAUUCGCCUACACAACUCAUACUCGUGUGUAAUAAGCUAGCACAGUCAUGUAUAAAAUUUACAUUACCUAUUAACAUAAAUAUGACCACAAAAUCAAAUAUACUA